AUGUCGCAUAACAUUCUUAUCACCGGCGCCUCGGGCUAUCUUGGGGGGACGAUCCUCGCCCGCUGGAACACCGCCAAGCUUCCGCCAUACAACACGCUCUACGCCCUUGUCAAGACACCCGAGCAAGGCGAGAAAGUCAAACAGUACGGGGCCGAACCCUUGAUAGCGAACAUCAACGACCAUGAAACCGUCACCCAGCUCAUCGUCGACAACAACAUCACUAUCAUCUACUUUCUGAUCGAUGCCUUUACUGGAAAGCAUCAGCCCACCUUGAUCAAGGCACUGGGACGCGUCAAACAAAAGACGAAUCUCAACGUACAUUUCUUGCAGACCACUGGUGCCAAGCUAUUCAGCCGCCAUGCCGGCAUCCCGACCGACCGACCAUUAUUAGACACCGAUCCCGAGCUGUAUAACAUCGUCAAAAAUGCGACGCCGCCGCAUGAGUUCGUCAUUGAGCCAGCGAAUGCCAAUCUGAAUGUGAUCGACAUGUCAGAAGUCCAUGGAGUACGAAGCUACAUCUUCGCGCCCUGUCUGGUGUAUGGACGAGGAGAAGGGUUCGGUAAUCAGAUUUCGAUCCAGGAUGUUGACAUUGUGCGGGCUGCGAAGAAGUUGCAUCGCGUGUACCGAGUGGACACCGAUAACCCGAGCUGGCCAGUAAGCCACGUCGCUGACACCGCGGACCUGUAUCUCCAGAUCCUGCGCAAGGUUCUCUCGGGUGACGAGAUCGGGUAUGGAAAGAACGGUUUCUUUCUUGCUGCCUCAGGCAGUCUGCCGUGGAACGAUAUCUACGCUGCCAUGGCUAAGGGACUGGCUAAACACGACGUGGUAGACGAUGAGGUCGUCAUGGAUGCAGAUGAGUCGGUCUUGGCUCAAAUGGGCGAGGCGCUUGGCGUGCCACCGUCGGUUGUUCCGGUGGUCCUGGGUGGGAAAUGUUCGUUCAACGCUGUACACGGCAAGCAGAUCGGCUGGACUUCUAAGUACCCACCAGAGCAUUUUUUCGAGGUUGUGGAUGAGGAAGUCGAUCUUAUUGUGCAGCACCUUGUUGAUUAG